CUCGCGCGUCGCUGCCGAUACGGCUUUUGUGCGCGCCGGCCGGGCCGGGCUGAGGGUCCGAAGUCGCCGUUGGUGAGGGGGUCGACCUUUUUGUGCCCCUCUUAUCCCCCUCCCCCGCCAUGACCUCAGAGCGGGAAGCGGGCAGCAAGGGCAUCAAGUUAUCAGCAGAGGUCAAACCGUUUGUCCCAAAAUAUGCGGCGGUAACAAUGGCAUGGUCAGAACCCUCAGAAGCAUGUGUCUUUCCUAGAUAUUUUACUACAUGCUACCCAUAUGUUCAAGAGCCACCAGUGGAUAAACAACAGGUUUAUACUCAAGAUGUUUCCUGGGAUACCACCAACUCUCUUUCCCAGUAUGCAUCUCAGAACCUUAUGAGAUGUAGUUCGUCCGGGGAAUAUACCAGUUCUCCUUAUUCACUUGAUGCUGCAGCACAUGCAUAUACAGCUACCAGCUUUCAGUGUGAUAACGCCACUGCUAAGCUCCACAGCUCUUCUAGGCAGGACAGAGACCAUGCCAAACAGACUCCUCUCAUCAGAAAAGAGGCUGCAACUAUUUUCAGGAGACGACCAAAAUGUGAUGAAUCCAGACUGGAGAGUAAAAGAACUGAUGGAAGUGACUCUUCUAGCAGAUCAACAGAGAGUUCAUUUUGUACUGCUCUGCAUGGCAGAAAUCCUAUUAAAUCAGAAAGGCCUAUUAAAACCACCUACAGAAUCAAGCCAAUUCCAAACACAGAAUCUCUUCCAGAACCUGCCUUUGAAAUUACCCUCUCGGAUUUCCCCAAACUGCAAGACCUGGGAAAGAAUGAUCUGCUGGAUCUUCAAAAGCAUACACAGCGGCCAUUGGGCUCAGCUGAAGGAGAUAAAUUGUCUCCGAAACCUCCUGGAAAAUCGGAGAUUCCCACUUUAAUAACAAAAGAGGGAGCAGUAUGUCUGAAGAAACAUUUUCCACUACGAUCUUUAAGUCCUCCUUCUGAUCCUGGAGUUCCUCGGGUAUCUUCAGGUUUGUUCAGUGAGAAUCGGGUGUCUUGGGCCACUGUGCUGUCACAAACUCCUAAGCGAGUUAUUUCAGUGCCACCUGCAGUUCUUUCCAACAACCAGCUGGCCAGCAAAGGAAAAGAUGGUCCUUCUGAAGAUCAUAAGCCGUCAGAAACAAGAGAGAACACCAGUGACAAUGAGCUUGAAGAAACGGCAGAAAAGAAGAAGAAAAAGAAGAAGAAGAAGAAGAAAACCAACCCAAAUACUGAAAUGGAGAAGCCGCACAAAGGAAGUAUUUUAAUUCAAGAACCUCCACGAAUUGAGGAUGAUGAAGAGUUUCCUAACUUAAUAGCCACUACUGACAAAAGACACAAACCAGGGGCCCAGAAAUUCAGUAGUGCAACACCUUUUACCAGGGAGCAGAUUGAGGUAAAUAUAACAAAGGAGUCUGAGUUUGUGUCUCAUGAUGGCCGCCUACAAAAUGAAUUGGCGACUCCCACACCAGAUAUUCCAACUGGAAAAAAAGCAGGCAAACAAAUUCCACUUACUACAAUAGAAAAAAGAAAACUGCAGAAACCACCCAAAAGCAGUGGGAAGAAGAGCCAGGCUCCUGUGCAGCUUGAUUUGGGAGGCAUGUUGGCUGCUUUGGAACAAAAACAGAAUGCUGAGAAAUCAAAACAGUCAUCCAAGCCUGUGGUGCUUUCAGUGGGUGGUGCAGUAACACCUUCUAAGGAAUCUAUGACAGUAACAAAAAGUCAUCAGUUAAACCAAGGAAAUACUCCGCAUAACCCUUUGGACUCCAGUGCUCCUUUGGUCAAGAAGGGGAAACAGCGAGAAGUCCCUAAAGCAAAGAAACCAACGUCACUCAAAAAGAUUAUUUUGAAAGAGAGAGAGCAGCGGAAGCAACAACACCUUUUGGAACAGACUGCAAUACCAAAGGACAGUGAUAGCAUUCAACCAUGUGCAGAAUCUACUCCUGAGGAUGAGACAUUUCCUGAAAAUACGAAAGCAGAGAGUGCAGAAGAAGCCUCUGUGGAUCCUGGACAUCUGGAACAAGUUUGUUCAGAAGUACUCCUGGAAUCAGCAGAACUUGCUUGCUCCACAGAAAACUCAGUUGUUCCAACACAACUGAAUUCCAGCCUUCCCAAAAUCCACAGCAGAAGAUUUAGAGAUUACUGUACCCAAGUACUUAGUAAAGAAGUUGACAGCUGCGUAACAGAUCUUUUGAAAGAACUGGUUCGCUUCCAAGACCGCCUUUAUCAGAAAGAUCCAGUCAAGGCCAAGACAAAACGCAGGCUUGUUAUGGGGCUCAGAGAAGUGCUGAAACACUUGAAGCUGAAGAAACUGAAAUGUGUCAUUAUUUCACCAAAUUGUGAAAAGAUUCAGUCAAAAGGUGGGUUGGAUGAGACUCUGCAUCUCAUCAUUGACUCUGCCUGUGAACAGAAUAUCCCAUUUGUGUUUGCUCUCAAUCGCAAAGCUCUAGGGCGCUGUGUGAACAAAGCAGUGCCUGUCAGUGUUGUGGGAGUUUUCAGUUAUGAUGGUGCUCAGGACUAUUUUCACAAAAUGGUGGAAUUGACAAUGGAAGCAAGGCUGGCAUAUAAGGAAAUGAUUGCAGCUUUGGAGAGAGAGUCAGCUGAAGAAGGAAGUGAAAGUGAGUGUGCGCGCACACAGCCUCAUCCUAGAGAGAGUCUACAAGAUACUGCUGAAAUGUCUCUUCAGGAAUCUGAUGAGGAUGUACCAAAUUACAUUAAAAUCUGGAAGCGAAAGCUUGAAGAGGAGUAUAACCCUUAUCUGCUGGAGCUGGAAAAACAGGCAUCUGCUGACAUGUUGACCUUGAGUUUUGAAGAGCCUCAGUAAAUCAAGACUACCAUCUUUGGUCUUAAGCAUAUUUUUUUAAAAGGCAAUAUGUGUGUGUAUAUAUAGAUAUGUAAAUACUAAUUUAUCUAAAAUUAGCUACCCAGGAGAUAGGGUGUAUAAUCGAGAAGUUGUUUAAAAAUCUUAUUAUUGUAUUUUGCAAUAAUUACACCGAAACACACAAUUCUGAACUAUUCCAACAGUUCUGUGUCUGUUUGACUAAGUGCUGAAACUUCUUCAGCUGUAUUCUACACAAGGAUUUGCCUUGGUGAGACAAAAAGGGGUUUAGGUGAGGGGUUCCCAACCUGUGGUAGUCCAGUUGUUGCUGCACUAUAGCUCCCAUCAUCCCCAGCCACAAUAAACUUUAGCUGGGGACUCCUGUAUUAAGUGAAACAGCCAUCCCACACUUCAAGACAGAUACGAAGCAUCUUUGGGUCUACAACAAGCUUGUUUGAAGCCACCUAAUGGCACAGUGGGGAUAUGACUUGACUAGCAAGCCAGAGGUUGCCAGUUCGAAUCCCCGCUGGUAUGUUUCCCAGACUAUGGGUAACACCUAUAUCAGGCAGCAGCGAUAUAGGAAGAUGCUGAAAGACAUCAUCUCAUACUGCACGGGAGGAGGCAAUGGUAAACCCCUCCUGUAGUCUACCAAAGACAACCACAGGGUUCUGAGUUCACCACGAGUUGACACCGACUUGAUGGCACACUUCACCUUUUAAUUUCAACACUGGGCAGGAAAUGAGCCCAGCCUUUUUCUGUAGAUCUUUUUCUGUAGCCUUAGAAAAGCCGGCUAGAGCCCCCUGGAAGUUACUAUUAGUCUCGAAGUGUAAAUGCAGAGCUGCUAGCUUCCACAAGAGCUCACAAUUUCAUAUACUUGCACUCAUACACACACCCCACCCCUCCAAGGUCUAGAUCACACAUGCAAGUGGCUAUCUUUCUCCAUGUAGAAAACUGUGCAUGUAUACAUGUAGAAAACUACUAGUGUGAAAGGGGUUUGGGGCAUGAAGGGAGGAGAGAGAGAGCUUGGCCACUUUUAUGAAUUGCAGCUUCACGUUUCCAUUUGCUGCAUUCUGGGAAUGCAGGAAAUUCCAGGUCCCAGCUCACAUUGUUCCCUCUAGUGCCAAGUGUAUAAUUAGUUUAAAAUUGUGCAAAUACAGUAAGGCCUUCUAAUGUGUGUCUUUAAAGUGUGUUAAAUUUCUCCCUUAUGCUAUGGGUGGAGUACUGUGAAUACUCUUUAUUAGUAGGGGGAUAAUUACCCCUGCUAACUGGGCAAAGAGGCACCCUUUGAAAUGGUGAUUCUCUCUGUAAAGCAGAGAGAGAGCAAAUGGUGCAAUUCAAUCCCAGCACGGCAUCCCUCCAGUGGCUGUUGCUGGUAUUUGCCUUGUGUUUCUUUUUAGACCAGUGUUCUUCAUUGUAAUCAGUUGAGGUGGCUCAGCAGGGAAGCAGCUUGCCUAGGAAGCAAGAGGCUGUUAGUUCGAAUCCCCGCUGGUAUGCUUCCCAAACUUUGCCUAGUAAAUAUAUAUUUGCAGUCUCUUAUAUCAGGCAGCAGUGAUAUAGGCAGAUGCUCACUUCGGUAAUAAUGGCAAAGGCAUCAUCUCAUACUGUGCGGGAGAAAGGCCCCUCAUGUAUUCUACCAAGAAAACCACAUGGCUCUGUGGUCACUAGGACUUGGUGGUGCAAUCUUUCCUUUUUCCGUUUCUUCAUUGUAAGGCCCGGUGUCAGCCCCCACCAGCCCUGAGUGUGGCACCCUUACCAAUUGUUUGUUGGGCCUGUGAAACUUCUGCUGAAGCAGAUUACUCGGUAUGGUUCUCCUGGCACCAUGCAAAGAGGACUAUUCUCACCAUGCAGUGUUGUGCUUUUCCCCAGUGGUGGGGAGAUACUCUCUUAAAGGAAACAGAACCCUCUUGAGCUUCUGUCUGCACCAUCAUGGAAAGUGUUCAUGCAGUGCUGGAAAGUGUGUCCCACUGCUUUCCUCCCAGAGCUCUUGAGAAAGGGGCUCUGUCUCUCUCAAAAGCCCCUCUCUUAAAAGUGCAGUAUUGUGUGGAGAGCAGCACACAGUGGGGAAUGGCUCGCUCUCGCUCUCUCUCUCUCUCUCUGGUCAAAGCCACUCCCACUUGAAAAGUAGUCAAUAUCACUGUUUUAGACAAUGAGUCCUUUGGAGAUAGGGAACCAUUGUUCUGUGUAAACCACUUUGAGAACUGUUUUUUCCCCCUUGAAAAGCAGUAUAUAAGUAAUAUAUACAUAUAUUUGACAUUCUUCACAACUCUGCAGCAACAGGAAGAGGGCUGCAGGCCCCAAGGAGCUUUAGAGUUUUGUUCCUCUCCACUCCCUUUUCACUUGUAUAAAUAUGUUCCUGAGGGAUAUGCAAUAUAAAUAUGUUUUGAGGAACAUUAUUUCUAUAAAUGGAAAGGGCUUUUGGAGAGUCACAAAAACCACUCCCCCCACCCUUACUGCCCAAAGAAGCCUUCACCACAGGGAUGUAUGUAUGUAUUUUUGUUCAUUUGUUUAACACAUUUGUAUACCGCCUAAAAUGCAAGUGGCUGGUGGUUUACAACAAAACAAUAAAAACAAAGUUGAAGUCUC